ACCACCUCCCACUUCCCAGCAGCCACAGCCAGCUCCUCAAGCCUCACCAUUUGCGUUUCUUUGGAAAACAAAGGCGCAGAGCAAAGCAAGCACGCGAAAUACUCCACACAUACCACUUACCAACCCUUCUCUACUCAUAUAUCUCCUCUCUCCUUUCCUCUCCCCCUUCCUCAAAUCUGAAGGAAUAAAGGCGACAUUUCAUCCGGCCGGUAGGAUCGCCCUGUUUCUUGCUCUUGCUCUUCCGGGUGAUGUAGCUGCCGCUGUGGCCGAUCCUCCGUCUCCGCUGUUUUGUGCGUGCCGAAGAUCUGGAGAUCUCUCAGGACACUGACAGUCCACGAUGGAGGCGCAUUCGUCGUCCCCAACUCUGCAGGAUCAUCUCUCCCAGCCAACUGGCCCCUUGCAUCUCAAAGUAUGGCAGGUCGUAUGCAUCGCCUUGGGAGUGUUCAUGGUGGUCGUCUUCUUUCUCACGGUUUGGCUCACUAUGCGGAGUAGGAAGAGGACCAGACGAGCAUCUGCAAAUAUUCCAAUCACACAAAUCCCUGCCAUUUCUAAGGAGAUCAAAGAAGUCAGAGUGGAGCAAGUCCCGGCGAGCGAAUAUGGGGCACAUGAUGGAGUCCUGCUAACAAUCCAAGACAAGGCUAAUGACCGCGAAUCGGACAAGGUCAUGGUCCAUUUGGGUGUAAGCAAAUCGAGACGUGGGGAUGAGAGCCACUCUGGAUCAUUCCGUUACACGGACAAGGACGCAGGCUUCCAGUCAGCCGAAGAAGGAGGGUCAGGAAAUUUCCGGCAAGCUUCAAACCAUGGAAUAACAGCUCCUUCACCUUUGGUUGGCAUGCCCGAGUUCUCUUACCUUGGUUGGGGUCAUUGGUUUACUUUGAGGGAUUUGGAAAUGGCUACUAACCGUUUUUCAAAGGAUAACAUUAUUGGUGAGGGUGGAUAUGGUGUAGUUUAUCGUGGCGAGAUUGUCAAUGGCACUCCUGUUGCUGUCAAGAAGCUUCUCAAUAACCUAGGGCAAGCUGAGAAGGAAUUCAGAGUAGAAGUUGAGGCUAUUGGUCAUGUUCGCCACAAGAACUUAGUCCGUCUUCUUGGUUACUGCGUGGAGGGUACUCAGAGGAUACUUGUCUAUGAGUAUGUCAACAAUGGAAACUUAGAGCAAUGGCUUCAUGGAGCUAUGAGUCACCGUGACUCCCUUACAUGGGAGGCCCGUAUAAAGAUUCUUCUUGGGACAGCUAAAGCGCUUGCUUACUUGCAUGAGGCAAUUGAACCGAAAGUUGUACACCGUGACAUUAAAUCCAGCAAUAUUUUGAUCGAUGAUGAUUUUGACGCUAAAGUAUCAGAUUUUGGUUUAGCCAAGCUUCUUGGUGCUGGCAAGAGUCAUGUGACUACUCGGGUUAUGGGAACCUUUGGCUAUGUGGCACCAGAAUAUGCAAACACUGGACUUUUAAAUGAGAAAAGUGACAUUUACAGCUUUGGAGUCGUUAUUCUUGAGGCGAUCACAGGGAGGGACCCUGUUGACUAUGGUCGCCCAUCGAAUGAGGUAAAUCUUGUUGACUGGCUAAAGAUGAUGGUUGCUAGCAGGCGCUCAGAUGAAGUUGUGGAUCCCACCAUAGAGACACGUCCUUCUACUAGAGCUCUGAAGCGUGCACUUCUAACAGCUUUGAGGUGCGUGGAUCCGGAUUCAGAGAAGAGACCAAAGAUGGGUCAAGUUGUGCGGAUGCUGGAGUCAGAUGACCCAAUUCCGCGUGGGGACAGGAGAUCCAGGCACAACCGUGGAGGGAGCACCGAGAUGGAUUCACAGAGGGACAAUAACUCCGACACGGACAAGAGUGACAACCCAGACUCCAAACCGAGCAGGAGCAGAGCCUCCUCCUCCAAAUGAGCGCAUAGACGUUUUCCCUUAUCACAUUUCUUGGGUCCGUUAAGGGCCAGCAUACCACCAUUUCACAUUGCUGACGAAUUGGUAACGAAGGCGCUGAAUCUUCGCAUACAGAAGAGCUUAUUGGUUUUCCUUGGAUGUAACCGUUUUAUGUAUGAUUUAUUUGUAGAGAGGGUAAUGGUUUUCUAGUUAACAGUUUAUCUGUGAUUACACUAGUGAUUCUGACAAUUUGCUGAUGUAAGUUCUUAGCAGUGUGUACAGUUGUAGUACUGGCUGAACCACAAAUCUGUGAAUGAUAGUUUUUCAAUGGAAGGAUCUUGUCCACUUUGAAGUAACCA